AUGACAAAGACCCUCAAAAGUAUUAUACAAACAUUCAAAUAUGAAGAAGACGAUGGUUUGGUGAAAAUUGGCGAUAAUGUGAAAAUAUCAAAACCUUCAAAAAGCGUGAGAUCUAGUAGCAGAUCUAGUAGCAGAUCUAGUAGCAGAUCCAGUCCCAGAUCCAGUCCUAAAUCUAAAAGAGCAAAUGUUGACACAUCUGAAUUACCAGAUCUAAGACACUCGCUAAAUUCGAAUCUUGAAGUUUUAUUUGUGGGGUAUAACCCAGGUGUACAGUCUUCGAUCCAACAGCACCACUAUGCGCAUCAUUCUAAUUUGUUUUGGAAACUAUUCAACCAGUCAAACUUGUUGGAAAAAGUUGCUGUUAAGAUAAAGAGUGAUGGUGAUGAUUUACAGAAUUUGAUAGCUAGGGGGUGUACACCAGCUGACGACUUUGACUUGAUCAAGUACGAUAUAGGAUUUUCAGAUUUAUCUUUAAGGUGUACCCAAAGGGCAGAGGAUCUAACAGAGGCAGAGAAAUUUGAUAACUUGCCUCGGCUAAUAAAGGAGAUUAAUGAGAGUAAGGCAAGAAACGUGGUGCUAAUAGGGAAAGGAAUUUGGGAGGUUUUUGUAAAGUAUUACAAGCAGCAGCUAAAUAUGAAGUUUCUGUUGACUAGGGAUAACUUUGUUUGGGGUGAGAUCAAAACGGGCAAGGAUGAAUUGUAUAACAAACUCAUCGAAUACAUUUACUCUCAAAUACCACUACAAACAACAAUAUAUGUCUUUCCUAGUACAUCAGGACUAGUUGCCAGUAUGAAAUUUCCCGAAAAGUUGAAACUAUGGCAGGAUAUGGCAGCUAAUAUUUGA